CCUCCUGUGUAGUCUCCUUUGUUUCAUGGACGUGGCUAGAGUGGCGCUCUUGGGUGUUGCUUUAAUGCUCAUCGUCGGGAUUUGCGAGGGAAACGAGUGGUGCAUUGCAAACUCGAGCAUUCGCAGCUAUGCGUUUGAAGUGGCUCUCGGGGAAACAUGUCAGAAGAUCGACUGCUCGGCCAUAAGAGAAGGAGGGGAGUGUUUCUCCCCAAACACACUCCCCUGGCAUGCAUCAUACGCCUUUAAUCUCUACUUCCAAAAUAAUGGGAGGACUCUGGCUGCUUGCCACGCUCUUGGAAUGAUUGUCCGAGAAUACCCAGUUCCUCCUAGUGAGAGCUAUUGCCACUUUGCAAAUGCCAGCAUUUCUUGAUCUGCCCACUUAUUAUAUUUUGGAGUAUAUUUUGUCAUAUGCUUGCAUCCAAACGCUUCAGUUUUUGGAGGACUUCCUAUCUUGAAAGAAAACUCCAAUAG